AUGUCCACCGCAUUCGAUACCGCCGUUGCCGAUUCUAAGAAGCUUACCUCGAAGCCUGGAUCUGAUGAUUUACUCGAGCUUUACAGUUUAUACAAAGUAGCUAUUGGUGAUGAUAUUAGCAAGGCGGAGACUCCAGGCAUGUUUGAUAUUAAGGGAAAAGCCAAAAAGAGAUCCUGGCAAGAAAAGGUCGAUUCGGGAAUCACAUCCGACGAAGCCAAGGAAAAAUACGUAGCCAAGAUCGCAGAGUUGAAGGAGAAGUGUGGGUAUGAUGCUGAUAAGGUACCUGAGGCUGUUGGUGGAAAUUAA